AUGGAGUCGUCUUCACCCUUGGCGGCUAUGCACCGUCCCAUGUCCGUGCCUUGCUGGGGAAACAAGGACCUCUUCCGUCCUCGCCCUCACGCUUUCGUCGGCGGGGCUGGUCCCGUCAGCCUGCGGGAGCAGCUUCACAGGCCCGGCGAUUACUUCAACGUCAAGGACGUUCACGGCUCAUCGCCCGCCGCCAGCCUGGCCGCUGACCUUUCACAAAACUUCCGUCUGGACAGCGAGUCAAGCCCCAAGUUCCCGACGCCUCGUCGCGCCUUGUUCACGUCCAACAUGACGGGCGACAUGGAGUCGAAUGACUACGUGACGACGCCUCCUAUGCCCGAAUCGUCGCCGGCUCAUCACGAGAUGAUGGAUGUCUCGCCGCUGCCGCACAAGCUUCCGUUCAUGACCCACAUCUCCAUAACGUCACCGACGCCCGGCUCUACCCCUACGGGCGACGAAGACGACGAGAUGAUGUUGGACUCGCCAGCCCCCAUUCCUCGGCAGGCAUCGCUGGAACCACCCAAGCCACUGGCGGCCGAACGGAGAAAGCCAGGCAUGCGCCGGCCUUCCCUGACUCGGAUGAAAGGCUACUCGACUAGUGGCGUUCCCGGCCGUUCCAACACAGACAACCAGCUCCCCACUUUCCGGCUUGGUGAGAAUCGUUUGGCGCAUAUGAACAGUGCCAUGUCCCUCGGAGAGUGCUUCGAUGCCACAUCGCCUCCCCAGGAAAGAAGACCUCAGACUGCCAACAGCCCUACUCCCGCCGUGCCCGGUGCCGUUCGUCCCCGUCAUCAGUUCUCCAGCCUCUCCGGCAACCGCAGCAGCCCCUUUGGCAGUGCUCACGGCCGUCGGCCCUCCAAUCCCUUCAUGCGUCCCCGCAAGCAAUACCGCCGCUCCCUGAGCAUGUUCGAGCACCCCGGCGACGUUGUCAAGUCCAAGUCGGAAGGCGACGACUCUUCGCCUACCACCCCUGAGUCCCAUGCCAGCAUGGACGCCGAUGAUGUACAGGAGCCCCUGCUGCCUCAUUUUCUGCUGGAUGACCCUACCGAUACCAUUCCGCGCAUCACGAGGGAGACCAUGAUUGAUCUCUUGGACGGAAAGUACAGUGAAAAGUUCGAUCAGAAGAUGAUCAUUGACUGCCGCUUCGAGUACGAGUACGACGGUGGUCACAUCGACGGCGCCGUCAACUACAACAGCAAGGACCUCCUCGCUUCUCAGCUGUUCAAGCACCCCAUGCAGGGACGCACUAUUCUCAUCUUCCACUGCGAAUACUCGGCCCACCGCGCCCCCAUGAUGGCUCGCCAUGUCCGCUCCGAGGACCGGACUGUCAAUGCCGAGCACUACCCGCGACUCACAUAUCCUGACGUGUACAUUCUUGAAGGAGGAUACAGCGGCUUCUUCGCUGAGCACCGCUGCCGGUGCUAUCCUCAAAACUACGUGGAGAUGUCGGACGAAGCUCACCAACGCACCUGCGAACGCGAGCUGGGCCGUCUCAAGAACCCUCGCAAGGGUUUCGGCAGAGCCCAGACGUUCGCCUUUGGCGAGUCCUGUGGCGUGGACCAAUCACCCACCGCGCCCUCGCGCCCAGGCGGCCUUAGGCCCAGCGUUAGCUUCCGACAAGAUCCCAUCGCCAUGAUUGGCAACUCUCCAAUCCUCGGCGAACGAUGCCAUGCACGUCGCAUGGCGUCUUACUAG